AUCGAACGCACCUACGUACCGAUGAAUCCAGCGAUUGUACACAUCGUACGUCAAAAUUGUGAUAAAUACUUGCUUAAUGAUAAUCUGUCAAUGUUUUUCGAUAUUUAUACGUGCAUAGAAAAGAGUGAGAAUUUAUUUCGAAUAAAAGUUAAUAACAGUUUAAGGUAUUCGGCGGGUAGAUACAAAACGUGAACCAAUUUUGGCCAAGGAAUGUAGGCUGGUCUUCGGACAGGUUAGAGCUUAUUGGACCAUCAUUUCAUGCAGAUCGACGAUGACGGAUACUGCGAUGAACGAGGAGUCUGGAAGUACCGUUGAAACUGCAGGGAUACCACAUAGAAUUAAUAUGAACAGCUUACGGCAGCCAAGACAGUCCAAUUUGUUAAUGACUCACACCUCAGGCAAUACGGAGCAGUCUUCUUCCUCAACUGUUAGCAUAGGAGGAUUGAAUUUUAGUGGCCGAACUGCUGAACAAUCGAGAAUAUUUGCUGAUAACCUUUCAACAGCACUACAAGAGAUUCGUCCACUACUUGAGCAGGCUCGAGCGCCACAUGAGAUUGUUUUAACAUCAUGGCUCAAUCGCCAAACUCAGCAGGAGACACCUCCGUCGACAGCUGAUAGCUAUGUGAUAAAUCUAAAUGAUCAACCAUCUACCAGUAACAUUGAAUCCCACCAGCAAUCUAGCCAUGAUCAUCGUCACCAUCAUCACAGAACAGCAACAGACAAUUUUUUGAACAACAUUCGCGAAGCUGCCAAUGCAGAAAGUCAAAAUAAUAACAAUAACGCUGAAGAAGGGCCAACGGACGCCCGACACAUAAGUCCGGAGACUAGAGCUUUGUUAGAAAUUGUACAGAAAUAUGUUCCUUUCGUAAUGAUACUGCUUGCCAAAUGCAUUUAUGAUCAUCGAGCUGGGAUAUUACAUUUUAUAGCUUUAUUAAUAACGUUUAUUUAUACAAAUAACAAUUUGAAACUCGAAAUAGCUAAGCAACAGAAUAGAAGUCGGAUGGUAUUGUUAGUUGUUUUAUUUUAUAUCAUAGGUUGUAUCAUCUUUAUCGAUUACAUGUUUGAAGAACAUAAACUCUAUCUGAGUUUAGUUUUAAUACCAUCUUAUACACAACCUAUUACACUCUGGGAGCUUUUAUGGUCUGUCGCGAUCACCGAUUACAUUUUAAAGUUGAUUACCAUCGUAUUCAAAGUUAUUUUGACUUGUCUGCCCGUCAGGAUACUCGCAUUCCCCAAACGAGGUAAAUACUAUCUCAUGAUAGAAGCUACCUCGCAAUUGUAUCGAUCCAUUGCGACCAUCCAACCAUGGUUGUAUUACUUGCUAGAAGCGUAUCAAGGUCCAGAAAAAGUCUUAGGGGUAUUUUUGUCAGCUGCAUACAUGGUCAGCAAAGGUAGCGACCUUGUAUCACGUGGAAAACUUUUUCGUACGGCAACAUGGAAGUUGCUUCAGAACGUGAACAUAGGCGUCUCACCAUCUAAAGAACAGCUUACAGCGGCUGGAGGGAUCUGCGCGAUUUGUCAUGAAGAAUAUGCAACGCCUGUGAGAUUACGCUGCAAACAUAUUUUUUGCGAAACUUGUGUGUCGACAUGGUUGGACAGAGAAUCUACAUGCCCAUUGUGUCGGGCUCCUAUCACAGAUGAUCCAGUAUAUCGAGACGGACACACAACGUCCUUCAUUCAGUUGUACUGAGUGCUUCUGUGAUGUUCAAGUACAGUUACUUAUUGCUCUUCUUUUUCUUUCCUUGUCUUAAAGGUCUGCUGGACGCUAAAAAGAUCCUAGAUAUUUAAGUGGCAUUAAACUCCGGUUGCGUUUGGAGAUAUUCUUGUUAAUCGUCAUUUAAUGAUCUGGACUUGUUACGCUGUUUGAUUGGUGCUUCAAUAUGCAUUUGAAUUUCAAUUUCUCUGAAUCAGAAUGUAGUUUCAAUGCGCCAGUACUAUUUGCGUUACAUGUAGUAUACAAACUUUGUACAGAAGAGCGAAUGUGGAUUAGUGUCGAUUGCGAUUAGUGCACGGUGUCGGUGCUGGGAUGAAUAAGUAGUUUUAUCCAUAUCUACUCGUGGCACACGCAAUUGAGUACGUUUUACGCAAUUGAGCGCAUUUUAGAAUUUAAGCGAAAACCAGAUUUGAAAUACCCAACAUUUCAAGUUCAACGUAAAGGACCUUGUAAAAUAUCUUGUACAUAAAAGAUUCAAGCUAUGUUCAUAAUAAAUCCUUAAACCAACAAAUACUUUUAUAGCUUCCAACGUGGGAUUAUACUGUUAGCUACAAAUCCUCCCGAUAGCUUCAAUGCUUUUGUUGACCUGGAUCUUUUGAAUUGCUAUAUGUAUGAUUGAUGUAUACAGGGUUACAAUCAUAGAUCAUGAGCGUUAAUUUUCUUAACGAAUCUCGCUGAGCAGAUGUUCCUUGAAAUGCACAUGUCAUUCUCUGUUCGCAUUUGAACUUAUUUCGUAUGGUCCUAUACUCUGUAAGAAUUUGUAAACUAGCACAAUGAAAAGAUAUGUUACCGAAAUAUGUUAUUUGCUAAACAAAAUACUACAAUGUCAUUCAUUCCGAUUGCUAAUCUUCUGCAUAAUAAAAUCAGAAAGGAACCUGACAAUAAUAGUCAA